GUAAAUGGUAUAGGUUUUCAAAAGAAAGUCGGGACAAUAUAUAACUUUGUGUAGCUAUGUUUGUUUUUGGAAACAAUCACAUGCAACGAGUUGUUCCUUUCUAUUUCGACAAGCAAAUAGAGUCGUAUAAUUCGACAAAGGGAAAUCAACAAGAUGGUGGGAAAGAAGAAUGUGAUGCUAAGUGUUGUGAUUAUGAUGAUGAUAAUGUUUGGGUCGUGGGAAGAAGCAACAGCGGCUGUGUCCUUCCAUGACUGUUGGAUCAAAUGUACUGACGGGUGUAAUGACGAUGGCCCAUGCAUAGAUUGGUGCUACUUCACCUGUGCGAUGACAACAGCUCCUCCUCCUCCUCAACAUCAUAAGUCCACUCCUCCUGCAACUCAUUCCUAAAUUACUACAACUAUCCGGAUUACAAUCCUGCAUGCAUAAGGAAUAUAAGCAGAUUGUUGCAUAAUAAUUUUUUUAGUUUGAUCUAUACAUUUUGCUUGUUUUAUCUUUAUAUGUCUUCAUUAAUAAAAGUAUUCACCUUCAUUUUAACACAUUGUUCUAGUGCUAUUGUAUGUGUGGGUUACUAGAAACAAUGCACUACCUUUUUUUAGAGAUUGAUGGUCAUUAAUAUGUUGAAGUUAGCAGGUUCUGGCUAUCCUUUUAAUUGUGAAAUAGAUUAUUUUUAAUAAAUGUUGAUAUCAGUU